UUUACCGAGUGUGUGGCUACGUUCGCCUGUUAAUUUUCCGCCAUUUAUCAAUUAGAAAAAUUUUAAUCGUUCCACGGUUGCUAGUGAUAGGAAGAGAAAUCGAAUUCUCGCGAUGCCUUUUAUGGACUUUCUUCGUACGAGACGAAAUCGUGUCGUUUCGACUUGAAUUUCAUCAAGUUUUGACCGACGACGACGACGAUUGAUCGGCCAAUCACCGCCUUAGGAACCGUUAGAAAUUUCCGUUGUGUGCGCGUUUGAACAUCCGAGUCGACUUUUGCCAUCUACGUGUGCGAACCACUCCCGUGGUUACUACGGUCUUCGGUUUCCGCGGUUUUUCGUGAUUGCUCGAAACACUUUCCCGUAGGGUUCGUGUUCACCUCGGACAUUUGUCAAAAUUCAUCCCCAGUAGGAACUGCGACCGCAACUUUUGAGAAAAAAACUGAAACCGAUAUUCCACGAAUUUGAGUAAAUAUCAAACGUAACCAUGGCCGUAAAUGUAUACGCAACCAACGUGACAACGGAAAAUCUCAGUCGCCACGAUAUGCUCGCCUGGGUGAACGAUUGUCUUCAGUCAACGUUUACAAAAAUUGAAGAGCUGUGCACUGGUGCAGUCUAUUGUCAGUUCAUGGAUAUGCUGUUUCCUGGCAGCGUCCCCCUGAAGCGAGUCAAGUUCAGGACCAACUUGGAGCACGAAUAUAUACAGAAUUUCAAAAUUCUUCAAGGAGGGUUCAAAAAGAUGAACGUCGAUAAGGUCAUACCAGUGGACAAGCUGAUAAAGGGCCGUUUCCAAGACAACUUUGAAUUUCUGCAAUGGUUCAAGAAGUUUUUCGAUGCAAACUACGAUGGCCGUGAAUACGAUGCCUAUGAGGCACGUGGCUGUGUUCCUUUGGGUUCUGGCGUGGAUGGCACUCAUAACUUGUCCAAUCCUCAAUUGGUACCUCUUCCGCCUCAAUCUAAGGCGCCACAGAUGCAGCAAAAACAUAUUCAGCAACGUAGCGUUGUAGCACGGCAACAGCAGGGUGAGGGACCUCCGUCUCCUGUACAAGCGCCUUCUACCAAGUCCUUUGGAAAACCUAUGAUGUUUUCUUCAGUCAAUAAAGUUCAACCUAAUCGCGCGGUACCGAAAGGAGGAACAGUCGGGAGCCGUGGCGAUACUGGAAAAAUCGAGGAGCUUAGUGCGCAGAAUAUGGAACUGAAGAUGACGAUUGAUGGUUUGGAAAAGGAGAGAGAUUUUUACUUUGGAAAGUUACGAGACAUUGAAGUAAUGUGCCAAGACUGUGAAAACGGAGAUCCUCCACCUAUUGUACAAAAGAUCCUAGAAGUUCUCUACGCAACUGAGGAUAAUCCAAGUGGCACCGAGGACGAAGAACAUACCUAUUAGCAUCUCUUCUCGGUUAUCUUUCAUUUCCGUACAAGACGAUUCUUAAGGAUGGCUUUGCAGCUCCCGAGGAACUCGAGGGCGAUGGCCUGGCACCAGAUGACGAGGAAGAGUACUAACCCUUCUACUUGGUCCCCGAUUAAAACAUCGCCAAGGAACAUCCGUAAACCACACAGCACAAUUGUGUCGAGUGCAUUUCCGUUUGCUAUUGCCCGUGAUCCAAUAGCAGCACUCUCCUUGCAUACUUAGUUCGCCACUUCCGUAUAGCUGUAUGAACGUAUACAUAUAUACACACAUUCGUUUUUCGCGUAGGCCUCUCGUUCUACAUAUGGUCAGAAACGUUAUCAAUGUUAACGUCGGAGAAUGUUACGGGUAAUUCGGUUUGCGAGAGAUAGCCAUAUUCUUUCCGAAAGUAAUCAUUGUAGUUUAAAAGCUGCGCCGUCAUCAGCUGAACGCGAGACUGCUCAUAAAUCGGAUUUAUACCAUUGUCGAGCGAAAUCGAACGAAGAGCUGAAUUCCUCCAGAUCGGUGUACGCUUUCCAUUCCGAAAUUCUCGUUUACACCCAUUUUGUACCGAUUCUUGUUAUCUAACCGAGAAAAUUCACGGCGUUUUCGGUAGAACCGCUGCAGAAAACUAGUACCACGGGCCUUCUUUUUUUUUUUUUUUUUCGGUUACACCUAAUGUUUCUCACUCACGCGACUAAGAAAAUUCCCUUUUGUUCGAUUCCGCAACGUCGACUUAUGUUGUCAUUAGUUGAGAAAACUGGGAGAUUCUUGUUGGUGCAAAUAAUAAAAAUGUUGACAAUGAAUGAUGCGAUCAGUCACGGACAUCAAAAGCAAAAAUUAAUUCUUGUUACAUAUGCGCAGAACUUUCUUUACUUCUGCCGCCAGUGCAGCGGUUAUGCAAGAUGGCCAUUUCCCAAGCGGUGCAGGAAUGUUAUUUUCUUGUACCACUGGGUCUGAUAUCUUUGAUUGAAAAUUGCUUUCCAGUGAGCAAAGCGCGAUUAGACUCACGAUAUGUAGUUCUUUUUCCCAGGACCAUACAGGAAAUGAAGCGUAGGCGAAAAAGGCUUCGAUGUCUCCACUUUCCACCUAGUUUCUGGCUUUAAACCCCACUCAUUCCUAAUUUCCCACUAUAUGGACGCUUUUCAUAUCACGAUUCAACUAAAAUCAAGCAUUUACCUGCAUUUGCUACGAGAAAGUAUUGUGCCUAAUAGGUGCGAACAGGUAGUUUGGACUCCUGUCAAUUUUUUAGUACUCGCAAUCGGCUUCAAACUGCAAACUUCACCCUCGUCUACGCUGUCUCAUUUUCGUACUCGUUACAUUAUAUAUUACGAAUACUACAUGGAAAUAAAUUACUUGCUAGACGAUACAAAAGAUCUCAUUCAUUACAUAUUGUUAUUAUUGGCAGGUGAAGGUUGAGUCGUUUCAAAGUUUAUAUAGGCAUAAAAAAAAGGGCAACCUGCAGUUAAGAAUUAUAAACACUGUGGUAGUUAAAGUAAUCAUUCAAAGACGUUUAAUGCGUUAUGCUAGGUUACAUUACUUUAUUACUUCAACUUAUGGAUUAUUUAAUCGAUGCGUCGGCUUACUUUGCAAAAAUGAACUAACUGGUCCAAUUUGCAGUAAUACUAAUAAUGGAUGUUCUUGAACGUGAUUGUAUAUGAGAGACGAAAAGCCUUCAAAAGAAACAAAAAAUUAGUACCGAUUAGUGACGUUAUUCUACGAUUAUCUCAUCCGUCUGAACUUUGUAGAAUUGAAUAUUGGAACGCAUUAAAUGUUCUUUCCGGUUUCUGCUGUUGGAACUUUCUUUAAAAAGUGUGGUUUACAAUUUCCAGUAUUCACUUAUCAGACCAGGAAUUUUUCUGGGCCCGUUUCUCAAUCUACCUUCUCACACCCUGUUUUGCUAGAUACAGGAAAACACUUCAAUUGGCUCAAAAUAGACAGGGGUCAGUCAUGUCUUUGCAGCUUCUAAGGUGCCUAGCUAAUUAUGUCGUUUCCAUGUUCAUCAUUUAGAUUGGACCCAUCUCGACUUCGCCAUUUUUUUUAUUUGUUUUUUUCAUCGACUCGCUUCACUAUAAUCCUCACUUCUAGGCUCCCUAUUAUCCCAGAUUAAUGUUUCGUACAUUUUCAAAUCUUCUCAGAUAGAUGCCGUACAGUUUCGAGAAAGCUGCAUAAAAAUCUGUUCGGUAGUUCUCAAAAUUUCUCAGACAAACGAACGCCUACCGGGAACUUUAUUUCAUACUACGUAGAGAUUUCAUAAAAAAAUUCCGUUUUGGUAUUUGAAGCCAUCAUUCACACAGUUCCCUAAUUUCCUUAAAAUAUCCUUAAGAAACUAACAGCCAAUAGCUACCCAAGAUAAUUAUGUGAUACUUAUUAAAAAUGUUAAAUUAUGUGAUUAGAAGGGAAAAAAAAAAGAAAUUUACGGAGAUUACACAUGAGUACGACAUUGACGUGUUUUUCUGCACAUUCGAAUUAAGAAAAAAAAUGUAUGGAGAUAUCAGAUACAUCCCCGACUUUGAGAUGAGAACUCGUCUUUCUCCUUCGGAAAGCUUUACAACAUUUCGCAAUAGUCGCUCGUGGAUUUCCUAGGAAAAUUGAAUACCAAUUCCAGUUGCUAUGCGUAUGUAUUACGGUACGCGGAGGAAUCGAAAAGGUACCACUCGGUACGCAUUGUACGCAUCUAGUAGAGAGUAAUAAAAUAAUGAGAAGCUUAGCCAAAAUCUACCCGGGCUGUCCAAUCGGUGUAUUUCCGCAAACGAUGCCGAGUUCCGAAAUCUUUGAAUUGACCAUGUUUAUAUUAGGUUUAAGUUGCUCGUUGAUGAUACAUUUUGACGAAAUAAGCAUUUUAUUCGAGGUUUUAAUACAGUAAUUUUAAGCUCCAACUUAAUCGGUGUGACGUGAGGAUAAUCGAGGAUAGCAUUGAAAUAUAAACGCGAGGCCAUUUGCAUUAAAUUCCACCGAUGAACGGAUGAACGUGAACACGCAACAUUCUACUGUAUUUCGCCCAACGGAUGAACAUUGGUCGACUUGACCUUCGACUAGGUGAAAACCGCGUCCAAAUUUCACCACGGCAAAGGAGUUAAGGAAUUAUAAAGCGUUAAACGAUUCCGUGUUCUACACGUGCCAACAAGGAUCUUCCUUCCUGCGCGAGGACACUUUGCCGGCCGCUGACGUGAAUUCACGUCGUUUUAAAUUCUAUUCCUGAUUGCCGCUGACGUGAAUCACGUCUAUAACGAUACACGAUACAGGUUUGCGGCAACCAGCUUCAGAAUUUCAUUAUUUUCCCCGGUACUCGGUAUUUGAAACGGAACAAAAUUUGACGGUCGCGAAUGUGUUAACACUUUGUCGGCCGCUCAUUUGUCGCAAAGCCGUUCCGCUGUCGCCGGCGAGAUUAACCCCUUAACAUAUAGAUUAAAAAAAAAAAACGGCCAAAAAAUCAAUUUUUUAAUGUAAAAAAAACACUAGAACAUUGUCUUGGCAAAAAAAUAAAAUUCUCGGUUAUAUUCGAGGGUGAAAAAUUAUAGUAGCAUAAAAUACAACGCCGCGCGAAUUAUCUCGAAUGUGCAGAGUUUGGCCUGUUCAGCGCGCUGGAAUUAACUCGAGCACACAAGUUAAGGGUAAAAAAAUAAAAUUCUGGAUUAUAUUCGAGGGUGAAAAAUUAUAGUAGCAUAAAAUACAACGCCGCUCGAAUUAACUCGAGUGUGCACAGUUUGGCCUGUUUAGCGCGCUCGAAUUAACUCAAGCACACAAGUUAAGGGCAAAAAAAUAAAAUUCUGGAUUAUAUUCGAGGGUGAAAAAUUAUAGUAGCAUAAAAUACAAUGCCGCGCGAAUUAUCUCGAGUGUGCAGAGUUUGGUUUGUUUAGCUCACUCGAAUUAACUCUAGCACACAAGUUAAGGGCAAAAAAAUAAAAUUCUGGAUUAUAUUCGAAGGUGAAAAAUUAUAGUAGCAUAAAAUAUAUUUCUUCAUUGUAGAACAUUUUGAAAGGUAUUUUAUAACUUGUAAUAGAUGUAACAAUAAGCUUUCGAUAUUCGAUGGCAGCGACGAAAGACAAUCUCAAACUAACAGAACAAGCGGCCGCAAAAAAGAUUUCAAGGAAAAAACGAUCUGGUAAAUUGGGAGGGGAAGACAGUGGAAAUUAUUAUAUAGUUCGUUAUUUGUUGCUCUGAAUCAAUAUAUCUACCCAUAUAAUCGUCGGAAUGAAGCAUUACCGCUGGCGUAAAAGAAGUCACGCGUACGUGACAGCGGCCGGCAAUGUGUUAAAUUACGAUAUAAAUAAUACUAAUGGUCACAUUUGUUCCUUCAUUGUACGCUGCAAUGGUAGAAAUCCGCACUAAACAUUACGCUACGUAUCCAGUGACUGUGCCUUCGCAAACGCUAUUGAGCUUCGAGAUCGAUUAAUUUGUUAAAUUUAUAUCCGAUUCGAGUGUUCUUUGUUGCCAGUUGUCAAGUUUUUGUCCAAGUAAGGCUUACCUAAGGUUUUAAUCCGAUCAUUUUACGGUUCGGUGGAAUCAGGGUGACGCCAUCGUGGGGCAAUUAAUACUUGAGAAUCUAAUUGAAAUUUCAACGACAUCAUUCUAUAUCGUCACGCAGGGUUCCGUCGAAUCAAAGUUGCCCCGUCUAAAUUCUUGACUUUAAUACGUGAAUCUCUCUUUGGAGGUGGCAGGGAAAAAAAGUCAUCGAAGACCUCGAAUCUUAUUCGGAAGCUUCGGUGUGAAUAUAUGUUAAAUCGCGGUACACGAUUCAAUUCUUUUUUUUUCUUUUUUUUUUCCGGAGGAGAAUCUAAAAGAUGUCGGCGCUUCGACAGUCUGUCUCCUAAGUCAAGGUAAAUGUACGGGCGAAAGAUAGUUGUUAAGAAAGUACAGAGUGUUUAUAUAAAGAAGCACAAACGAGUUCCAAGCAACGCAAAAACAGGUUCGUCUUUUCAAACGAACGAAUAAAGAAAUACUGAGGGAAUGUAUGUGCAUAUUUGCGAAUGUUGGGCUCACGUGCAGGGUGUCCCAAAACAGAUCAUUUUCUUUUGAGAAAUGAAGUAGGGUAGAAUUUCGAGCCAGAAGUUCCUGUUCACACCUUGUGAAUAUUAGUGAAUUAUUAUUAUUGUUGUUGUUAUUAUUAUUACUACUACUAGGUAACGACGCGUAAUAGCGGUGAACACCAAAGGCUCCUAAAUAUGAGUAGCACGCGAGUAGGAGUAAUCAUAGUCAGUGGUUAAUUUCAUUCAUGAUAAUUCCUUAACUGAUAACCCGCACAAAAGAGAGGAACCUUCGAUUCCAAAUUCCACUCUCUAUCAUCCCUCAAAAAGGAAAUGAACAAUCUUGAAGUACCCUGCAUAAUGUAUCGGCGCUGUAAAAAAUGGAAGACAUCAUGCAUUUCUCGACUUCGAUUAAAAACUCUCAUACGAUCGAUAGAUUCGUUAUGGGUCAUCGUAAUAUUAAGGAGGUAUCUACAUUAUUAUUGUCAUUGUCUCCACUAGACUUAACUCCACACCGAAUAAGUUUUACUAGUUUUAACACGACGAGGGACUCUUUAGCAUUCGCUCUGGUUUUCUCUCCCCGCCCUGUACCCUUUCUACCCUAUGAUUAUCGCAAUUGUAACAGCCGUGAGAUGGAUAUAUUUGCGAUUUUGGAAUUUCAAUUAUUAUGUAAUAAACAUUUAAUAAAAUCACGUUGGGUUGUGAAGUGAUGGGUUUGAGGCUGCGUUAGAGUCUGUAUUGUUACGUUAUUUUUAGAAAUUAAUUUUAAUUAUUAAACUCAAUUUAACAUAA